AUGCUUCAGAGGUCAUUAUAUGUGGUGAGUAGAAUAUAUUCAAAAGCACAGGUCCAGAUUAAACAAUGAGCUGUUUAUCCUGCCUCCAUUCAAGCACUGUAAUGAAGAAUUAAGCUUUUCCAUCACUGUAUGUAACACUAAGAAAGCAUGACUUCUACCCUAAUCACACCAAAACUAAAAAAUGGAAAGUCCUGGAAUUUUAGUUUGACAAUUUCCAGGACUUUCCAAGCCUUUAAAACUGGUAUAAGUACCCCCCUACUCCCUGUCCCCUCCCCCCCCAGUUCCCUCCCUUUUUGCUUGUGGCUUUUGAGUAGCUUUAAAUAUAUUAUGUAUGGUUUUGAUAUUAUUUUAGUAUGCAGAAAAUUUCAGUAUUCAAUGAUUUUUAAGGGAAUAUCAUGGGGUAACCUUUUUCUUUUUUUUUAUUAUCAAGAUAUAUCAUAUGAAGAGGCUUUUGCUUCCCUCUUGAUUUAGAUUGAUGGUUAUAUCAUUUUUAGUAGUAAUUAAAAUCAGUUUGGAAUUUAAUGCUACUCUAGUCUAUCCUUGCUCUAUUCAUUUUCACAUUAAGCCCCUAAAAUAAUUUAUUUGCAGGCCAUAGGAAUCAGUACUCUUGUUGCACUUUACUUUAUUGUCCGAACCCUUAAAACAAGAGGAAGACGGAAAGCUAAGAAGUAAGCUUCAGCAAAUAACUCUUCAUUUUAAUUCUAUUUGUCUUCUUUUUUUUAAUUUAUCCAUUAUUUAAUUGUUCUGUGGCAUGUGAUCCAUUUUCUCAUCAUUACUUUUCAUUUUAUACUUUUUUCUGAAAGGAUAGAAUCCUUCCACUUUUUUGUAGGCUUCUUGCUUAGUCAGCUGAAGUUAAGUAGGCAUAUCAACCUGUUGGCAAAAGGUUUGUGAGGGGUCUGCCAAGACCUGUCACACUGGGCUCCACUGGGCCUUUAAAGUGUGGGGGGGCCCUACUGGAAAUUCCAAUUUUGAUACCUUUAAAAUAAAGGGAAAUGCAUGAGGAAAAAACCCAACCCUCUCUCUGUAUUGUGCCUGUCACAGACUUGAUUCUCUUAGCCUUCUGAAGAAGCCCAAAGGUACAUGUGUAGCAAUACCAGUGAAAACCUGCUCAUAGGCUAUUAAUUAUACCCAUUCACUAACUUAAGUGUGUUUGAAGUACCAUGAUUUAGCUGCUUUAAUGUCAUAUCCCAUUUUCCCUUUUUUUUUUUAAUUUCACAAGAUACGGGGUAAUCCAUGGGGCAGCAUCCGUGGAAUUGCAGCCACUAGACAGAGAUGUUGAUGAGGAAGAAGAGGAUAUGACUCUUUUUGAUAUGAAAGAUGCAAAACGACCAUUGAAAUAA